ACGUGGCUAAUAAUGAUCAAUUCCAAUUCUACUACUCCUUGUAUCGAAAGAUAUAUAUAAAAGUCAUAAUAUUCAGAUUAUUAAAGUUAAACGUAUGUACAACGUAAUUAAGUACUCGGCAUAUACAAAAUACUGGCUUGUUAGUUCGUAGUAACUUUCUUAUUUUAAUGUUUGUGUGUACUUGAUACAAAAUACUUAGCAUAACCAUGUGUGUACAACAUCUGGUUAAAGAGCAAAUCCAAAGGUUAUAACAAUAAUACAUAGACUCAAAUUUCCAUAUAGAUUUCCAUAAAUACACAAAUCCAAAGGUGACCAACAACAUUAUUUAGUUUCUUUACCCACCCAAACAACAUAAAAAAAAAAAAAAAAAAAAAAAAGAAAAGGGCAGAGAUAAUAUAAAACAACCACCUUCAUUUUUCUGCAUUAUUUCUAUCUCAAAAAUACCUUCCUUCUUUCCUUCCUCCAUUGUUAAUUAGUUCUUCUUCAUUUUCACUCAAAACUUUAGAGAGAAAAAGGGUAAAAUGGGAAGAGGAAAAGUGGAGCUGAAGAGAAUAGAGAAUAACAUAAGUAGACAAGUUACCUUCUCUAAGAGAAGAGCUGGUCUUUUGAAGAAGGCUAAGGAACUCUCCAUCCUUUGCGACGCCGAAAUCGCCCUCAUCGUCUUCUCCCCCCGUGGCAAGCUCUAUGAGUUCAGCAGCAUUGAUUGCCUUCCGAAGACCCUCGAACGGUAUCAGCGUAGUGGCAACACUAUUGAUCUUCAUCAUCAUCACCAAGACCAUGCCAUUGAGGUUCAGACGCAGAGCUGGCUCCAAGAGAUCGCGAACUUGGAGUCACAGUAUGAAAUUCUACAAAGAGCUCACAGGCAAAUGCUUGGAGAGGAACUUGGAAUUCUAAGCUUGAAAGACUUGCAAAGUCUUGAGAAGCAGCUUGAAGGAGCUCUUGCUCGGACUAGGGCAAGGAAGGCACAACUGACGACCGAGCAAAUGGAGGCACUUCGAAGAUCGGAGCGCAAACUUGGAGACUUGAACAAGGAAUUAAAGCUGAGGGUAGGAGAUCAUGGACAUGGUUUUAGGCCAAUGGAUUUGAAUUCUAAUGGUUGCAUCCAAUUCAUACACCCUUCUCAGUCUACCAAUUUCGAGUAUGAUCCCGCUGUCUUGCAAAUCGGAUCCUACAAACCCGAGCCAGUUGUUCUAGAUUAUAUAGGGUAUCCUCCCCAGUUUGCAUCUCAUGAGGAUGAAGGACCGUCGAAUGGCAGUCAAAGAGCUAGCUUGGGUAGUGACACUACUAACUUUCAUCAGGCAGGGUGGUUGCUUUGAUUAAGAUGGUGCUCAAAUACGUUAUCACUAUUAUACUUUCUAUAAGUAUAACUCUACAUGCUUUGUUUGACAAAUUAACUUCUGUAAUCUGAUGUGUUUGGUGUGUUACAUACGUGUGUUAACGCGAUUACAAUUACUAUGUAGGGGAAAAAAAAUGAUGUUGUGUUACGUACUAUGAUUUCUUUCCUUGCAGUAAGUAUAUAGAUUGAUGUUCCUUAUGGGAAUAGUAGUGUUUUGGAGUGCUAAAGUACUACCAUGACUUUCAACUG